CCUUUCUCUUCCUCUCCCACUUUCCCCUUCUCUUUCCCCUUUUCCCUUUCCUCUCCCCUUUCUCCCCUCUCUCCCACUGCAGUCGGAGCAGGGACUCCAGCUUGAUGAGCUUUUGCUUUGUUUUUUUUUUCUGUUGUAGUCACAAAUUAAUCUUUGCUGUCAGGGGAUAAAGGCCGGGACAGAUGGCUCCGGGGAGAGACCGGGAGGCCCGAGCCACGAGCCAGGAGCCCGUCAGCAUGGCGGGACAGUGCGACACCAUCUACAAGGGCUUCGCCGGCUGCCUCAUCAGCCUAGGGGACAGCAUGGCCCAGAGCGUCCGGCAGCAGCAGCAGGAGGAGGGCGGCGAGGAGGAGCAGGAGCUGGACACCAUCUGCAAGUCCUGGGAUGACUUCCACACCUGCGCCAGCGAGGUGCUGUCCAGAUGCCCCGUGGAAGCGGCCACCAUCUGGGAGUCGCUGCGCCAGGAGUCCCGCAAGAUCCAGUUCCAGGGGAACCUGCAGGAGCUGUGCAGCGCCCGGGGCCGCCUGGCCAGCGCCCAGGGCUCGCCGGCCGCUGAGACCAACCAGGCCACGCUGCGGGGCUCGGCCACCCCCCUGCACCCCCGUCUGCUGGCCCUGCUGGCCCUGCCGCUGCUGCUGCCCCGGCUCUAGCCCUGCUCGCCCGCGGGGUACCCAGGUGAUGCCGGGUCGGUCCCCCCGGGUGCUGGCCGGUCCCCGCCACGCCCACCUCCCUCCCGGGCAUCUCUCAUGGGGCAAGGUCCUCUCCUGCAGCACUUCAGAUGGAUUUAUAUUUAUAUUAAAAGACACUUUUACAUUU